AUGCGGGAAGGCGUAAUACCAGUUGCCCGAAACGACGUCCCUCGUCGCCUAGCUCCAGGCCGACUUUUUCCUCCUCCUCUUCCUCCCCCUCUCCCUUCACAGCACGUCUCUAUCAUCAACAUCGCUCCCUUUUGGCACAGCGUUGGCGCAGAUGGUCUAGCAGUCGUUUGUCACCCUCUCUCUUGGAUAUCUGCUUUUUCGCAGUAUCUGCUCUUCUUCUUGGGCAUUACAAUAGCUCCUGUAUCCUUUGGUAGCACCCACAGAGAAGCCCCAGCGCACCAGCUUCGUCCGCACCAGCUUCUUCUUCUGCCUCUCUUACUGCAGAGCACAGCCAAGAUGUACGUCAGCUCUAUGCUGGGAGACUGUGACGCCAAUACUGGUGGGGGUCGCACUUCGCGGGCGUCAAACAUGUCAGCAACGAGCAGAGUCUCCGAUCACCCGCAGCAGCAGCAACAAGGCCAGGAUGCGGGCAGGUCUGAUCUUCUCUCAGCUGCGGCUCCAGGUGUCAUGUCCAUGCUCCGCACAUCGACAGAGAUGGGUAAUGUUGCGAGCCUCACGGGCAGCGAGCUGUCAGGUGUGGGUAGCCUGCCUCGAGCUCCGCCACGCCGCGGUGCAUCGAGCAGACUGUCAACCACAUCCUCGCACUCCAAUCACUCUGGUCAAGUAAGCAGACAACAUAGACAGCGGCCCUCGCAAUCCUCUGGGACACGGCGAUUAAGUGCUCGAGAGCCCAUGGGACUGCAGUAUGUUGCUGAUACCCUCUCACCCACCGUCAUGAACAUACCUGGCUCUUCCCCCUUGGUCCCAAGAGCCGGCAACAGAGACUCGAAUCGCUCCAUGUCGAUGACGCACAUGAGCCAUCCGACGUACAGGCUUUCGAGCAACCGAUCUCUGGGCAGCCUGCGCCAUGAGCAGAUUCAGCGUUCCAGGAGUCCGUAUGUAUAUCCGACUAGACUUCGGAGGCCUAGCUACCGUUCAGGGUCGCCAGCAUUGAGUGAAGUUUCUGGGAACUAUCCGAGGCGUACACUGGGCUAUGGUGGCCCAAGUGGCUCCGCGUACUACUCCCAGCAGUACGCAAGCGGCCACCCGGUGCAAAACCCAGGCCAGCAGAGACUCAGGAUGCCGUCUGAUACCAGUUCUGGACAGCAAGAUAGGAUGUACCACCUGCACCACCGCCCCAGCCGUGGUCCAUCUCCAGUCUACUACCCUGGUUCUCGUCCAAACAUGCCGCCGCCUCUGCCAGCAGGCUAUCAGCACAACAUCGCUAUCGAACAAGCUCGCAUGCUAAACAGGUCUACCAAAGGAUCCAUGUCCAGUGGCUCGACCAACUUGCGCACCGAUUCGGAUCCACCUUCAUCUGACAUGGCCUUGCCACCAACACCAAAGGACGGCGCCUCUGGGGAGGUCAUGUUCGGCCCAGAAAGCGCACAAAUCGGCGUUAAUGGCGUCCAUAGUAUUGUCAAUGGUCGGGGCUACAGUCGAACAAUAUACUACGACGGUAGCGAGCAGUUUGAAAACGAACAACCUGCGGCGCUCAAGGCCGAUCCUACAGCAUUUGUGUCCCGCUACAACACCAUCAUGGAAGAAAAGGGGCCUCUUGAAUCUAUAUCGAGGACAAGUGCCCCAUAUAAGAACAAGACGUCAGUCGAGUUUACGCGCACUGAAGUACCCGGCAUGGCAGAGCUUCCAGCGUCUCCCGUACCUCGCCGGAUCACAAGAGGUCAGGUCCUACAAGCAUUGGAACCGUCUUCGACUGUUGGAGACGUGACGUCGACUGUCCCAUCUUCAGAUUUCAGAAGCAAAUCUGCAUCUCUGCAUUCUGACGACCUCCCAGCGAGGACCAGCCCUUUGAACACUAGCACGGCCGAAGCUUCUCUCCAUCCCAACAAUCGUGAUGGUCAUCGACACAGUAUCUUGUCCCAGACAGGAUCGAGUGUUCUAGACUCAUCGACACUCGAGUUCGCUGUGCGAUAUUCCAUACCCAUGGCCACAGGCGCAGGCUUUGCAGCCAGCAGUCCAUCUGUUCCUAACAGUGGUGCUUCAGCAUCUACUAGUCGAGAAAAGAGCAGCGAGGAUGGCAUGUUGGAACUGCUGGCUGGUUACCAGCACACGGAAACCAAACAUGAGGGUGAUGUCAUGUCGCAAAAGGGAAAUAUGCCCAAGAAGUCUUCCACGGCUGAACAUGGCGCGAAUAGAGCAAGAUCUUCAGAGGAGCAGUCCUUCAAGUCUUGCACAGAUCUUCCUGAACCACUGUCGGAGCCAGGUACGCCUGUUGGAAGCAAGAGUCGUAUUGUUGAAUCUGUCAAGUCACGGGCUGACAGGAGAGAGCCAUCCAUAAAGGAUUCAGAUGCACGCUCUUUCAGCACAGCCAAGGUUGCUGUCACUCCCGACCAGGCCACCUUAUUGCUGCCCUCGAGAGUUCCAGCAUCCAAUCUUUCUACUGUCGCUGUUCUCUCCAGCGCGUCAGCCUUUGAAGCACCCUUGUCAAGUCCUUCUCCAGCCGUUCUUCGCAAGCCACUCCCAAGCUCACAAUCAAGCUUCAUAGCGAUUGCGAAUAAGCUACGGCCUAGUUCGAAGCCAAGCAUCAAGCAGAAUUCCCUCUCCAUAUCAGUUUCGGGUUCUUCGUCUACACUGAGCGCAACUCAGCAACCACCUACUGUUCCACCGAGAGAGUCCAGCUCUUCUAAGGAGGCACAGCGUUUCCAAGCUACAGCUUCUUUUCUCAUGCGUCAAUUCCCAUCUCUCCGAACUAAAGGUUGGAAGCAGGACAAGGACACUGACAAUUCUGAAGCUAGCCCAAAGGAGGUUGUUGCUCAAACCUCUACUAAGGGCAAGCAUGAGCCUUGUGAUGAAUCGUUCUCUUCUGAUUUGCCUGUAAGUGAGAUAAAGACACCCGAAAAGACUCUUAGCCAAGGCAAUGUACCGCUGACCGGAAAGGAUCGCCCUUCCUCAUUGGAGUCGACUUGCAAUCCACCUGGAGCGUCGGGCCUUUUUCCGUCAGUAACCGAAGAGCAAUCCGUUGCGAGCAGCCCCUUUCCUCCAUACUAUGAGCCUUCAUCGGUUUAUUCGCCCCAGGAUGCAUCCCUUCCACUGCGCGCGUCUUCAUCCCCGGCUGCUGUGUCCCCUCCAGAGAAUAUUCGAAGGCAGAGUCAGGUUACCACACAUCUGGUAUGGCCCGGACACAAGUCUCUCAAUAUGCAUUCCGCAAGUGGUGCCGAGCCCCAAGUUCCAUGGUCCAAUAUCCAAGAGAAUACCACAACCGACCUCAGGCUGUCAGGUUAUGGGUACAAGUACCCAGGUCCUGCACAUCACCUUCCCGACGUCAAGGAAGAGUCACACGAGGAUUCAAGCCUUAACACGAGCGCGACUAACUUGAAAAAUUCAAACUUUCGUUUUCCGUAUGGGGUCCCGCCGCUAUUAAGGGCGUCGGUCGACGGUUCGCUCAUGACGCCACAGAGGUUAUCAACAGGUUCGCAUCAGCCGGGUAUUGUUGAUAGCGCGCUUGGACAGACACGUGGCUUGCCUUCGAUGCACUUCAGCCAAAUGAAUUUGAUUGAAAAGUGGAACGAGGAGCUUGGCCUUCAGAGGUCUGAAUUGUUGGAGGAUGUAUCGGGAGAUUCGGAGAAAAGGGAGAACGAUAAUCCGCGGCGACCUGUUUCGUCGAGUGAAGUACGCGAGAAGUUCCGCAGCUUCGUCGCAGGGCUGGAGAAGAAGCUCGAGCUGACUGAAGGAAUUUCGCAGCCUACAGAUCAAGUGAAUCAGGUCGCAUUGAGGGGUACCCGCUCCCCCGAGCAAAUCAUCGCCGAGAUUGAGAGUUUGACUAUCCCAUCUGUUGGUGGACUUACACAGCGCAUCUCAGAACUCUUGCCAUCACUGCGAGAGUACUAUCAACUCGGAGAGCAUGGGGAUUUCCCUGAAGAGGAGAUCAUCAUUGAGAAGGCCAUGCAGAAGCUCGCCGAAGUUGCACCUACCCAGAAGCGUUCUUCAGCUCGGCUGCGACCUGUGCCUGGCUCUCCUAACAUGAUUGUCAUUAACGAUGCAGUCUUCGAGGAGCUCACGGGCAAGGACAAGGGAGGCGCUGGUACUGGCACAGAUAGUGAUAAGCUAGUGGAAGGCAGCUGUGUUGUUGCUAGGCCAAGCUCAAAACAACAGGGUCAGGACGACAUUCACACGCAAACACGUCAAGUCACGUCCCUAGUUGAGCUUGAAAAGCCUUCGCCUGUCCGCCUCCGCCCCCGAUCUUACACUGUUGGUCCACAAGCAAUACGCCCCUCGUCUGAUUCAGAUUUGUCCUCGAGAAGGUCAUUGAGGUCUGUUGCUAGCACACCCAACGCGACCAACUCACGACCUUGGAACACCGACAAGAACUGGCCUUGGGCAUCAGCCACCGUGCCUUCUCUCGACAUCUCACUACCCCCGCCAGCAGCUACUCGAGACUCACCUCGUCACGGUCCGUCGCACCUCCGCAACAGCCUCUCUGGCGCCGUAACCGCGAGCUCUUUCUUGUCAGGACAGACAGCCACAGCUUCGCCUUUUGGAUCUGCCAGUGACAAUGCCCACGCACGUCAACACCGCUUCAGCGCAUUUGGUCACAACGUCGAUCAACCUCACGCAGUUGGAGAGCGUUAUCCAACAUCUGCCUUGACCCCGCCCACCGCCAUCUUCAGGGACCACUUCACGCCCUCAGACACCUCGGACGACGAAGACUUCAAUCCUUCGCGCAAAAGCAGGCUUGGGCUUCGAAAGCGCUUCUCCUCCGCUCGCAGCGCCAAGGCCGAUCAGAACAGCCAGGCCACUCGAAGCAAGACAAACCUGCAGGAGCUCGCAUCUCCCGAGUCGCACAAGCCAACUUCGACCUCAAUUGUAGAGGACAACGCUGCUGAAGCCGAAGCCUUUACCUCUCACCGACACACGUUCCGCGACGCCGAAGGCAUGCGAGGUAGCGUCUUCAAGAUGUCGCUUCGUCAGUACUCGACCGACAUUAAGGCGAACAUUGAGAUGGGCAAAGUCACGUACGCCUGUCACCUCAUCGCCUUCGAGGCCGUGUUCCGCCGUCACUGGUUCAUGGACGACGGUGUCCCGAUGGACGAAGGGUUCAUUGAUGCCGACUGUCCCCCCUGCGUCCCCUUCAACACGUUCGCCCCUGGCACCCCCGUUCCUCUCGGCUGGGUCCCCACUCGCAAUGGGGCCUACUGGGAGAGCGGGAGGUCCCAGGGUGAUCGAAUCCGUUAA